UCAUAUAAUUAACACUGAUUUUUCUCACAAUUAGGUUUUGAUGUGUUAUUCUUUCAAAAAUAAAAGUCUCUUUUAUUGGUAAUGGUAUCUUACCUUACAGCCCCAAAUUAUAUUGGUAAGUGGAGUCGUAAAAUAUUCUCACAUAAUUUAAACAUUUUUGGGUUGCAGGAAGCUGGCAGAACAGGUCCUACACCCCCUUUUCUUUGGGUGCUGAAGAAGAGCCUAAUAGGGAAGAAAACCUUAGAAGGCCAUCAACAAUAGGCAUUAAGAGCCUACUAUGCGUCAAGCACGGUGCUAGGUGCUGGAGGAAUCCAAACACUACAGUGAAACUAUCCUAGCCCUUAUGGAGAUUAUAUUCUAUACAAUCCAGUCUGAGCCACACUGUGGGAUACUGAGUCACAAAGAAAGGAACUUAACUCCUCUAAAAGACAAGUCCUGAAACUCUUUUAUCUCCAGAGGGUCAGGCAAGAAAGAACUCAAGAAUAGAAUUUGGAAUUAGAAGACUUAACUCCAUGCGCAGCGAAAAUUAAGUACCUCUGUGAGCACUGCCAAGACACAUCACCUCUAAGAGUCUAUUUCCUACCAGUGUAAAAAUGAGGAAAGUGGUCUAGAUGAGGUCUCUUGCUCCAAAACCCUAGAUACAACGAUUAGAGGAAAUGACUGAGCGCUAAAUCCACGCUAAAACAGCGCUUCGGGAGUGCGGUGGGCGCUAGGACCCUGCCAUUGGGCAGCCUGGGGACGUGUCGGAGGAGGGCUAGGGAAGCUUUAGCGCCCAGAGAAAAGGCUCUUGGAGAAAUACAGCCCCUUGCACGUGCGGGUGCGUCCUAGACACUUGGCUGCAGCUAGGAUGCGGGGGUGUGGGUCCGGGUCCCAGGCGGGCGGCGCGGAGACUGCAGCAGCGUCAAGCUGCCGCCGAGCUGCUCCGGGGAGCCCGAGCAGUCUGCAGCCCAGAACCGUCCCGGGGGAAGGGAUCUCCUCACCCGCUCUGCGAUCAGCACUGGGCUCUCCUGCCUCUGCCGGGAUGCAUGAGCCGGGCGCUCGCGAGGGACGGCGGUACAGCAGCAAAGAGGGGACGGCGACCACCUUACACGGCCUCUUCAUCAAGACCGACGCCGCCGACGCCAUCCCUUCGGUGCUAGCCUACCAGAGCCGCCAGGCCGGGGCCCCGAGCACUCGCCGGGAGCGGAGGGAGCUGGGGAGCGGCAGCAGCAGCAGCGCGGGCACCGCAUCCUCUGCCCCGACCACCUGCAGGGUGCGCACCCAUUACUGCUGCAGCAGCGCCGAGGCCGAGACCCAGACCAGCUACACCAGCGUCAAGCAGGUUUCAACCGCGGAAGUACGAAUUGGGCCGAUGAGACUGACACAGGAUCCUAUUCAGGUUUUGCUGAUUUUUGCAAAGGAAGACAGUCAAAGUGAUGGAUUCUGGUGGGCCUGUGAUAGAGCUGGCUACAGAUGUAAUAUUGCCCGAACUCCAGAAUCUGCCAUUGAGUGCUUUUUAGAUAAGCACCAUGAAAUCAUUGUAAUCGACCACAGACAAGACCAACACUUUGAUGCAGAAGCCGUCUGCAGAUCAAUCCGAGCUACGAAUCCAUCAGAACACACGGUUAUACUUGCAGUUGUUUCACAUAUAUCGGGUGAACGUGAAGAAACAUCAGUCCUUCCUCUUCUCCAUGCAGGCUUCAAUAGGAGAUUUAUGGAGAAUAGCAGUAUCACUGCUUGUUACAAUGAACUGAUUCAAAUAGAACAUGGGGAAGUUCGAUCACAAUUCAAAUUACGGGCAUGUAACUCAAUUUUUACGGCACUUGACCACUGUCAUGAAGCCAUAGAAAUAACCAGCGAUGAUCAUGUCAUUCAGUAUGUCAACCCCGCCUUCGAAAGGAUGAUGGGCUAUCACAAGGGAGAGCUCAUAGGUAAAGAACUCACUGAACUGCCCAAAAGCGACCAAAACCGUGCAGAUCUGCUGGAUACCAUCAACACGUGCAUCAAGAAGGGAAAGGAGUGGCAAGGGGUUUACUAUGCCAGAAGAAAAUCAGGAGACAGUGUGCAACAGCAUGUGAAGAUCACACCAGUGAUUGGCCAAGGAGGGCCCAGUCUACUUAGAAAACCAAAGCAAAGAACCUAUUGUUUCCAACCUGAAUCAUCUAGGAAAAUUAGACAUUUUGUGUCUCUCAAGAAACUGUGUUGUACAGCUGACAGCAAUAAACAGAUACACAAGAUUCACCGUGAUUCAGGAGACAAGUCUCAGACAGAGUCUCACUCAUUUAGAUACAAGAACAGGAGGAAAGAAUCUAUUGAUGUUAAAUCAAUAACAUCUCGAAGUAGUGAUGCACCAAGUUUGCAGAAUCGUCGUUAUCCUUCUAUGGCGAGGAUCCACUCCAUGACCAUUGAAGCUCCGAUCACAAAGGUCAUUAAUAUAAUCAAUGCUGCCCAAGAGAAUAGCCCAGUAACUGUAGCAGAAGCCUUGGACAGAGUUUUGGAGAUUUUACGAACCACAGAACUCUACUCUCCUCAACUGGGCACUAAAGAUGAAGAUCCCCACACUAGUGAUCUAGUUGGAGGGCUGAUGACUGAUGGCUUGAGAAGGUUAUCGGGGAAUGAGUACGUGUUUUCUAAAAACAUGCACCACAGUCACAGUCAUCUUUCACUGCCAAUCACGAUCAAUGAUGUUCCACCUUGUAUUGCACAAUUACUCGAUAAUGAAGAAAGCUGGGACUUCAACAUCUUUGAAUUAGAAGCUGUCACACAUAAAAGGCCGUUGGUUUACCUGGGGUUAAAAGUCUUUGCCCGCUUUGGGGUCUGUGAGUUUUUGAACUGUUCAGAAGCCACUCUUCGGGCGUGGCUGCAGGUGAUUGAGGCCAACUACCACUCAUCAAACUCAUACCACAACUCUACCCAUGCUGCAGAUGUCCUGCAUGCAACGGCAUUCUUCCUUGGAAAAGAGAGAGUGAAGGGAAGCCUGGAUCACCUGGAUGAAGUGGCUGCCUUGAUAGCAGCCACUGUCCACGAUGUGGAUCACCCUGGACGGACCAACUCUUUCCUGUGCAAUGCGGGCAGUGAGCUAGCUGUACUCUACAAUGACACAGCUGUCCUGGAGAGUCACCACACUGCCCUGGCUUUCCAGCUCACAGCCAAGGACAACAAAUGCAACAUUUUCAAGAACAUUGACAGGACCCACUAUCGAACACUGCGCCAGGCAAUCAUUGACAUGGUCUUGGCGACAGAGAUGACAAAGCACUUUGAGCACGUGAACAAGUUUGUGAACAGUAUCAACAAGCCCAUGGCCGCUGAGGAGAGCAACUCCCACGGUGAAGGCAGUGACUGUGAAUGUAACCCCAUUGGGAAGAACUUCCCUGAAAACCAAAUCCUGAUCAAACGCAUGAUGAUUAAAUGUGCAGAUGUGGCCAACCCGUGCCGCCCUCUGGAGAUGUGCAUCGAAUGGGCUGGAAGGAUCUCAGAAGAGUAUUUUGCACAGACGGAUGAAGAGAAGAGACAAGGGCUACCAGUGGUGAUGCCAGUAUUUGAUCGAAAUACUUGCAGCAUCCCAAAGUCCCAGAUCUCCUUCAUUGACUAUUUCAUAACAGAUAUGUUUGAUGCUUGGGAUGCAUUUGCACAUCUCCCAGCUCUCAUGCAACAUCUGGCUGAUAACUACAAACACUGGAAAAUGCUGGAUGAGUUAAAAUGCAAGAGCCUGAGGCUUCCAUCUGACAGCUAAAGAGGAAAGGCCACAAAACGAGACCUCGUAAUCUACAAGCUACACUGUGAAUCACUUAGUAAUGGAGAAGAGAGGGACAUGUGUAUUUCCCUUUAAAGUGAGGCUAACAGCUGUAGAUUAAGGAGCUAAUAGUUAAUACUUCCUCUUAAAUUGCCCAAAUUUCCCAGUAUUUCAUUCCUGGAAAGUUAUGUAUCUAACACAGCUGAAUAAAUGUUCUAUUGAACAUUUGAGGGAGGGCAGAUACUUUGCAAGGUCAUUUCCACUGUUGUCGCUAGCAAAUGGCUAUCUUACAUAUUCUGUUCACCUGAAUGAUGAGCAUAUCUAUGGGUUAGUGAACCUUCACAUCUUGUCCUCAAAAAAAGAGCAAAUGUCACCACAUGACUUGAUUAUUCCUUGAGUAUUAAUGUCAAUAAAGAUUCCUCAUGAAAAGAUUCCCUAGAGGAUGGCCACCUCUAAGACGACCCAGCAUGAAAUGAACCAACCAGCUGGGUCUGAUUCCCCUAUUGGUUUGAUAGUCUUCUUGCCAAACUGUGGUUCCCCUGGCCAGAAUAAAUACAGGCUCAACCAAUAGAGUACUGGCCUAAUGAUAGCUCCAUCCAAUGGUACCAGGAACUCCUAUGGUUCUCUUUCCUAUAAAAGCCAUCCAUAGUCGGGGAGGGAGAGGAUGUCUUGCUUUGGGGGAUUUAUGAAUUUCAUAUAUUUCCACCUUAUGGAGGCGGCAACAAAACACAACACUGCACGUAUUAUACAAAAGCCAUUAAAUCUAAGGAUAUGUUCAAGAACUUCUUUUUAAAAACAACAACAACAAAGUUUGUAUACAGUUGCUGUUUAAAGAUUUUAUUAAAUUGAUCUACAUUUUCUGGGUCCAAGUCUGUGCAGUGUGCUAUGCUGUAUGCUAUGUGUAAGUCUUCUUUUUGCCCACCUCCUUGCCUAUUGGACAGCGCUCUUUUGCUUUUAUGAUGUAAAAAAAAAUGUUACAAGAUAUGUAAAUAUGUUAGAAACCAAGCAUAUUGCAGGGUGUCAUUACACUUUUAAAAUAUGAAUUGUAUGCUAAGAAGCUUCUAAAGCACAAAUGCAUAUUUUUAUACAUUUCGUUUCUCACAACUUUCUGUGCUUAACAUAAAUUCAGAUUUUGGACUCCUCUUUCCCUCUUCCCAAUCAACUCCUUUAUGUGUAUAUAAAUACUAGCAACCCAGCAAAUGGUGUAUUUGGUUUUUUUCUUUCAAAGGCUGCUCACUCCAUGCUGCAUUUCUAAGAAGUCUAAACAGUAACUGAAUGUGACUGGUAAGGGAGCUGUUUUUCAAACCAUAAAAUUUGCAAAUGCAAAAGGGCCUAGGGGCUGGCUCAGAUUUUAUACAGGCAAAGGGAAAUGUAGUUGGUAAAAGAAAAAGGGAUUGUUUUGGGAGUCAAGAAAAAAAGACAAUGACUGUCGUUUUGCUGAGAACUACAUACUGUGCCAAUGUUUUUCUAUGUUUUGUACUAACAAAUGGAAGCAUUCAUGAAAUUUCCAUGCAAAGAAAUGCACCUAAGCUCUAUUUUUGUUAAAAUUGUAAUAGCAUCUUUGUGGAAGCAGCAGCUACCGCCUUCCGCUCUGUAUCAUAAGGCUGCAUUGUGUAUAUUUGAUGAAGUUGUUUUUUGUGAAGUAUUUGUAAUGGCUUUUCCUACAGCUGAGCCCCAUUUCCCUAUGGUUGUCUUAAUUUGAUCUGUUUGGCCUAAAUUUUUCCUAGUAUCAAGAUUUUGGCUUUAGUGUGUUUUUUUAUUCGACAGGGAUGGCAUUUUGAAGACCUGGUCCAAACUUGUUCCAAAGACAGAGUUCCGCUUUCAGGAACUAGUUAUGACAAGGUAGGAUAGAAUUCAGCAGCUUAUAUCAGGCGAGAACAAUCUUUUCUAACCAUCUCACUCUCAGGAUCAUUUAUCAGGAGACUGACAUUUUCUAUAUGAAACAUUUCAUUUAACUGAGUGUUAUGUCAAAUUGAUUUCAUAUCAACUACAGAAUUAAUGUGGGAAUGUUAAAUGCUUUAAGACAGGCAGGUAAUAAAACUCGAACAUGGAUUUGCUCUUUAUCUACCAGUAUAAUCUGCAGACUUCUGACAAGUUGCUAAGCUCUGAGCUCAAUGUUCCAUAGAGCCAAUUUGGCCAAAGUAUGGGAUUCUGUACCAUGUGUAUGUCAAAUAGUAUUGUAAGAUUGAGGUCCUUAUAGUUGAUUAAAAAAAAAAUGAGUAACUCACUGCCCUCUUCUACUGAAUACCUUCCUAACAUUACAUUCAAGGUUCCAGAAGAAAUUUGGGGAUGUGAGGCUCUCUACUUUUUUGAGAAAAUCUAUAUGCCUAGCACUGUUACUAUUAACAAGAAAAGGAGCACUGUUACUAUUAACAGAAUGGUCUGUUUCCCUCCUAUUCCUAUUAGCCUGAACCACGUACCACACUCUACGUUUUAUGAGAAGUCUUUGCUGUACCUUCAUAUCUAAGACUGCAAUUCACUUGCUUCAGUGUGAAUACUGGCAAGUUUGCCUUCCAGGCACAGAACAAACCCUAUCUCUCCAUCCAGUCAGAUCUCAGCCUGCCAAAGUGAGGCUGAAUGGAGGUGAAGAGUAGGCACCCCUAUAUCUGAAGCCUUUAAAUCUGUAACACAGACUUUCCCAGAAGCUCUGUGUUUUAUCAAUGAUCGAUAAGAUACUUCACCAUGUACUGCUUCCACUGUUGUGACAAAUGUCAUACUGUUGAUAUGAAGUACACUAAGGAGACCACAGAAGAAAAUACAUAUGGAAUAUCUACAAGUCUUGCCUAUAAUUUCAUUGUCAUAGUUAGAAAGCUCAACUCUGAGCACAUGUGACUAGGUGGGCAGCCAGAGUCACAGCCCCUGCCAGAUUAUAGAAUCCAUCCACUGGAAAUUGUUUGGUUCUUGUGAUAUUAGUGCUUCCCUCCCAUCCUACUAUACUUAAAAAAAAAUUCCACCUCCCAGAAAUUAAUGUAGGACUAGCUCAAUUAAUGAGCUGUGAUCUGUUCAUAAGCCAAGCAGCUAUCAGUCUGUCAGGUCUAAAAAUCUGCUAUUUCAUUGAAAACUUAAAAGAUAAUGUACCAGAGGAUAAGAUUCAUUGCAAAGGACUGACAUAUAAAUUUAGGGUACUAAUGCUUCCCAAACUCAACAUUUGGGCUCUAUUAUUUCACUCUGAGUAAUCUUCUAUCACACAUUCAUGUUUUCCACCAGCAAUUUAAAUCGUUUGGCCCAUAGAAUCUUGUAAGUAGAAAGUUUAUGUUUGACCAGUUUAUAAGUAUAUCUACAGAAUAUAUUCUGGAAAUACAAAGUUACCAAACCAGGGGCAGUGAUUUAUCGAUUAAUUCCUGUGUAAUUUGCUGAGGAUGCCUGAUAGAAGUAAAGAAACUGCCUUUCAUUUGUGGCAUAAUUCAGAAUUUAUUAAGCAAAAUCUGGUCAGUAAUGGGUGGAUAAUUUGUAUUUAGGAAACCCAAAGAGCUGAAAGGGCCCCUUAGAAUCCAUCUAGUGAUUUCUCCUGCUUUUAGCUAAGACCUUACGUGAUCAGAGGUUUCUUCCCAGACAGUCUAUUGUUUUUAAAGCCCUCAAAGAUGACUCAAAAUUUCAGUUCAAGGAACAUUUAUUAAGUACCUACAUUGUGCUAAGCAUUGGAGACAAAAAGACAAAAACCAAAUAGUCCCUGGCCUCAAAGAGGCCAUUUUACAUUGGCAGAAAAAAGAAAGUAAAGCUGCCCGGAGACAGGCCAGCAAUACAGAGGAGAUGGCUCACUGAAGCAGGUAGUGCUCAAAUUUCCCAAAGUGAACCAUUUCCUCCACAAAGAUUAUCCUUAAGGGAUAAUUCUCAUCUCCAAAUGGGAACCCUGGCCCUUCCAUCUCCAUCCCCUCCACUUAAAGAAACAAGAAGCCUUCUGUGAGCACUAUGAAAGCAUUCAUUUCAGAAGGGUCCAGAGAAAGUCCAGGCAGAGUGUCAGCAAGAAGUCAAGUCUGAAAUGAAGUACCACAUUGCAAGGCCCAAUUCUACCUUUUCACUCCCGAACUUUGCUAAAUGGUCUCAGUUUAUAAAUAAUCAGUCGCCCAUUAUUGCUCUAGGGAUCUAAUCUUUACCUAUUUUAGGAUUCCGAGUAAAACCAAAACUGACAUCAUCUUUGCCCAAAAAUUAGCUAUGUUACCUUUCAGGGCUCAUAUUUCUUAUCUGGAAGUUGAAGGUGUUGGAGGACCCCUUCCAAAGCUAAAAUUAUAUGAUUUAAGAUAAAUAUUCUGGUAGCUAUCCAAGGUAAAGACCGAUUUAAACAAAAGACAAGGAAGAAAAAUUAUUUAAAGAGUUCAGUUAAAGGCCUGAAUAAAGGUUUCUUACUUCCUGAUUCAGAAAUAAAUGUAUAAAUUGGCAGAAAAAUACCCUUUGAGAAAAGAGAUUAAUGCAACUAUUGACAGGUACACUGUUGAAUUCCAUUUAUUAAAAUGUCUUCCUUUGACCAUUUAAUCUUACUUUAAAAUAAUUUUAAAAUUAAUCCUACCAAGCUUUUUAAAUGUGUGCACUCCCUAGCUUUGAAAAAAAAAUGACUAAGGAAUUAGGGAUACAAGGUAAUCUAAUGCCAUGGCAAUUAGGCUAAAAUGUGAUAACAUGAUCAAAUAUUAGCAGUCAUUGAAUAAAUGAAGCCUUUUUCAACUUUCAGUUCUGAGUCAUGUUAAAAUGAAUAAUGGGAGCCUCUGUCCUUCAUUCAUUAAUGACUAGCUAGUUGAAUCUUGAGCUAUCAGCAGCAAUUCCCUUGUCCCAAAUAGCUAUGCUUCUUACCGAUUCAGCUUUCUGUCCUAAAACAUCUGGGGAGAUAGCUACCGUUCCAGUACCAAUCAAGCCAGUAACAGCUUAUGUCAGUUCACACUAGAAAAUAGCAUGAGAAAUUUUUUUCAGUUCAAUUUCAGUUCUGGUUAAAACGAAGUCUUUAGAAUAAUGCUUCAGGUUGAAUUCCAGGGAAGGAAAGAGGUACAAAAUAAAUCCUACACUCAGAAUCCCAACUGGUUUCAUGCUCAUUUGGAUUUUAGAGACUAAAGAAAAUAGAAUUUUAUUUAAAUAUUUAAGCCUAGCUGUCAAAAGGAAAAACAAAAGUUCUACUCUCAAAUGGUUUUUUAAGUUUCACAUAGUCAUUUCCCCAUAACAAAUUCAAGGUAGCCCUAUACAGUACUGAAGUACUUAGUUAGAGACAACCAGAUUAGGUGGGAGGCAGAGCUCACAGGCUUCACCCACGGAUUCUGAGCCAGCAGGGUCUAUCAACAGCUUCCUUACCUAUAAAAGAAGGGAGCUGAAGAGGUGAUCUCUAAAAUCUCUUCCAGCUCUAAGAAGCCCUUUUAGUUAAUGCCACAAUUUCCCUCCUCUCCCAAUCCCACUCCACCCCAAUAAUUCAAGUCUCAAAGAAGAAGAAACUCAAAACACAGAACUACUUCAGUAUUAUCUCCAGCUAAAAUCAUUGUACCUAACAAAGGCGGACCAAACCUCUAUGUCUCCCAAGGUUAAACUUAGUUUAACUAUAUCAGGACUUUCAACUUCCCCAAGACAUCAUUUAAAAAUUAUCAACUAUAGAUUAAAUUCCCCAAAGGAAAAUUCACAGGAUUACAGAUCCUGGUACGGAGCACAAGGGCCAUCUAGCCAGGCCCCUCCAAUUUACAGAUGAGGAAUGGAGUCCCAGAAAGAUUAAUCAUACUGCCAAUGUCUCAUAGGUAACAAACUCCGACUCUGAAUCCAGUCAGUGCCUGCUAGUUUGCAUCCUUGCAAAUGUAAACCUUGGGGGCAGCUAGGUGGUUCAGUGGAUGGAGUGCUGACCUUGGAGUCAGGAAGGCUUGAGUUCAGAUCU